AAUAAGGAUAAGGAGAGCUGCCCAACACAGAUCCGGCUGCCACUUUCUUCCUCGGAGGCCCUGGGGUUCUCUUCCUUCUCUCCAUUCUUCUUUAUCUGUGUGAUAGUGACCAUGACCGCAGUUCUAGCCCCUCCUUCGUGCUCCUCUCCUGCCCUGAACCUCUAUGCCUCCCUGUCACGAGCAGCGGUCCCCUUCUUCUCCUUUUAUGACAAUCGGCCCCACUCUAGACGUCAUUUUUUCUACCGGCGCCCCUUUGGCCGGGGGAUAGGAGCGGUAGAGAUUCUAUCUCAAAAGAGGUAUCCUGAUCCGGGAAAGGAUAAGAGAACUUACCUUCCACCUGAUGGUGGUCGGGGGGAGUCAGGGAAGUCGAGCUCAGCUGCUUUCAGGUCAUACGAACUACAAAAGAAGGACAGGGGGUUCAUUUUCGAUCUCAAGGAACAACAGGUCAAUGACAUAGGAGAUUUUCAAGAUUCCACUUUUCUUAAUGCUGUUGUGAAGGUUUAUUGUACUCAUACUGAACCUGAUUAUUCACUUCCUUGGCAAAAACAAAGGCAAUAUACCAGUACAGGAAGUGCUUUUAUGAUAGGAAAUGGGAAGCUUUUGACAAAUGCCCAUUGUGUUGAACAUGACACCCAGGUUAAAGUGAAGAGAAGGGGUGACGAUACCAAAUUUGUUGCCCAGGUUUUGGCCAGAGGUGUUGAGUGUGAUAUUGCAUUACUUUCAGUGGACAGUGAGGAGUUUUGGAGAGGUGUAGAGCCGCUUCGUUUUGGUCGUUUACCAUGCCUGCAGGAUGCAGUGACCGUUGUUGGAUACCCACUUGGUGGUGAUACUAUAUCGGUAACAAAGGGGGUGGUAUCGCGCAUUGAGGUUACAUCAUAUGCCCAUGGUGCAUCUGAUUUGCUUGGCAUUCAAAUUGAUGCUGCUAUUAAUCCGGGAAACAGCGGUGGUCCUGCCUUUAAUGAUCAGGGAGAAUGUAUUGGAGUUGCCUUUCAGGUAUACAGAUCUGAAGAUGCUGAAAAUAUUGGAUAUGUGAUUCCCACCACCGUUGUUUCACAUUUCUUAAACGACUACGAAAGAAAUGGAAAGUAUACUGGUUUUCCUUCUCUUGGAGUGCUCCUUCAGAAAUUGGAGAAUCCAGCAUUGCGCUCUUGUUUAAAAGUGCCAUCCAAUGAGGGUGUUUUGGUUCGUAUAGUUGAACCCACCUCACCAGCACAUGGUUUUCUCAAAGAGGGAGAUGUGAUUGUAAGCUUUGAUGGUGUACCAGUUGGGUGUGAAGGAACUGUCCCUUUUCGGUCUACAGAGAGAAUUGCUUUCCGCUACCUUAUAAGUCAAAAAUUUUCAGGUGAUACCGCAGAGCUGGGAGUCAUCAGGGAAGGUGCAUAUACAGAUGUUAAGACAGUCCUACAACCUCGGGUUCAUUUAGUACCAUAUAAUGUUGAAGGAGGGCAGCCUUCUUAUCUGAUUAUUGCUGGUCUGGUAUUCACUCCACUCUCCGAACCUCUGAUAGAGGAGGAGUGUGAAGAUUCCAUAGGGCUGAAAUUGUUGGCCAAGGCUCGCUAUUCCUUAGCAAGUUUUAAUGGAGAGCAAAUUGUGAUUCUUUCUCAGGUUUUAGCUAAUGACGUGAACAUCGGUUAUGAGGACAUGGCCAAUCAACAAGUUCUAAAGUUCAAUGGAACUCGCAUAAAAAAUAUCAGACACCUUGCUCAUCUUGUUGACACUUGCAAAGGAAAGUACUUGGUGUUCGAAUUCGAGGAAAACUUUCUCGCUGUUUUGGACCGAGAAGCUGCCAUUGCUGCCUCUAUGUCUAUUCUGAAGGGCUACGGAAUUCCAAGCGAAAGAUCUGCUGAUUUGUUGGAGCCAUAUAUUGACAUUGAAGAUAAUCAAUUGCCAUAUGAAGAAAUUGGAGAUAGUCCAGUUUCCAACUCAGAGAUAGGAUUUGAAGGACUUCUUUGGGCUUAAAAAUUCUCAGCGGCAUCAGUGGAAUUCUCUCCUAUUACUUCUUAUCUGCAGUUUGUUGUGGUGUAAGUUGCAAAUAGUUUUUUUCUUCUUAUUUUUUUUUCACUUUCAAUUUUAAUUAUUUUUAAAUAGGUGAUGGAAUCAUUCUUUCUAAUUAAUUGGAAGCCUUCUUAAGGCUUGAUUGAUGUAUGAAGCUGCCAAUUGUUUUGAGUUCAUUGGCUGAAAUUUAUGUAUUUGUGUUCUUCUCCAUCAAUAAAUGCAUGGCAAAGGAAGAAUGCUUAUUUAUUUUCUCA